CGCCGGUGCUCAUUCGUGGUCGGGGAGCCGCGAUUUCCACAUACCAGUGUAUUUUUAAAAGUUUUGAUUACCUGUAUUUGUGACGUCCAGUUUAAAAGUGCAUAGAAUAAUCUUCUGAUAAAUCCAUUGCAUUUCUUUUUACUCUAGGUGCGGUCGAGAACACGCGCCGUGGGCGGCGAUUCCCGCUUCAGUAAGAGACAGGCGCCCAAGCCGCUCGCACGAACCUGACCGCCGCACAAGCGUUGAACGAACGACCAAGAUGGCUACCGGCCCGAAGAUAGUACACAAGCAGUUCAACUCGCCCAUCGGGCUGUACUCGCAGAAAAAUAUCCAAGAGACGCUGAACAAGCACCUCUCCAACCUCGACAAUGGGGGCGUCGGGAUUGACUUCAACAACCCCAGCACCGACAAGCCGGGCAACCUCGCGCACUCCGCCGUGCUGCGCAUGCUAGAGGAGGAGGAGCGCGGCCGCAGGAACCCCGAGAUUAUUGCGACCCGUGAACAAGCUAUAAAGAUAGUCAAAGUACGCGCAACACGCCGCUUCGAUUUCUGCUGGCCGCCGGAACGCAUGGUGUCUGCCCACUGUUGGGACGGACUGCUUAACGCUAACGGACAUAUACACACAUACUUUAUGAAGCCAGAGGAAUGCAAAGGUCAGAAAAAAGUAGUGUGGCCGCCAGUGCCUGAAACCAACGGUUACCACCAGCCACAACACCAGCAACAGAGUCCUGCGUACCACGCACAGCACUCUCCCUCUGCGCCGCAAUCGCACCCGCAGCAGUACCAAACCCCACCCAAGCCCCAAUACCAUAAUAGCCCUCUGUACAACGAGCAGUACCAACAGCAACCCCAGUACCAGCAGCAGCAGCCCCAAUACCAGCAGCAGCAUAGCCCUCAGCAGAAUCAGCCGGCGUACUGCGACGGCAGACGCCAAGAGCCGACAGGGUUGAGUAAGCUGAUCCCCUUCGGACCUGGCGUAAGCGCGUCAGCGGCCCCGGCGUACCGACAAGGCCCGCCGUCCCCGGCCCCGGCCCCUUACAAACAGCCUAACUCCCGUUGGGCCCCUGUACCAGCUCCCCUCUCUCCUCAGACGUACCCAUCACAACAGCAGCCGCAGUACUCGCCCCAGCAGCAGUACUCGCAGCCCCAGCAACAGUACUCGCAACCCCAGCAGCAGUACCAGCAACAACAGUACUCGCAGCCCGAGUACGCCCCACCGCAGUACUCCCCGCCCGAGUACCCCCCGCAGUACGAGUACCAGUCCCCGCAGAGACAGUUCGAGCCCCCACCGACGACCAUCACACUUCGUCAGCAGCCCCCUGUGCAUCAGAAACCACCACCAGUGUUCCCUAGCCAACCCGCCACAGCGUCUUUCCAAGGAGGUGUCAAUAUGCGUGGCGAUCAGAAGUGGCCGCCCCAGUCGGUGCGCGAGGCAGUCGCUGCCGAGAAUGAGGCGCGGCUCCAACUCGCCAAGGGUCCCGCCUGCAGACCCCGCAAGGUAAAAAAGGACUAUACUGGCUUCUUCGCGCAGCACGCCCUUAACCAGAGCUACCCCGGCUACCGCGCGCCUCCGGGCACGCAACACUACGAGGACCAUUCGGGCCGAUCUUCUUAUUAGAAUCAUAGUUACUAAUCAUAUCUCAUAAGGCAGAAGACUACGAUAAUAGUAAUGUAACCGGUAGUUAUUUCACAGUAUCAUUACGAUCAUGUCAACUAAGUAAUGCCACUCAAUCUUGCUUAACUAAAAAA